AUGGGUCUCUUACAGCUCGGCACGGCAUUGGAUUGGCCGGAAGCCAAGGCGCACGCUGACCAGGUCCGCAAAUGGGGCAUCAAGCAACUCCUCGAGAUCUGGAAUAAGGCCAAGACGAAAGAGAGGGACGCCCUGCUCUGGGGCGAUGAGGUCGAGUAUCUCGUUGUGACGUAUGACAAGGAUGAUCCUCGAUCACUUCUGUCUCUGCGCCAGGCCGACAUCCUCGAUGCCCUGGCCAACGACGCUGUCCUGGCGGCCAAGGGCGGCUGCACAGAAGGCCACGCUGACGUCACAGAUGCUGCCGGGAGCAAGUCCAACCAAGACCCGCUGCCGGUCUUCCAUCCCGAGUUCGGCCGGUUCAUGCUCGAAUCGACACCGGGUAAACCGUGGGGCAUUGAGCUGAAGGAGCUCAUCGAUGUCGAGCCGAACAUGCGGCUACGGAGAGUCAUUGCCAAAGACCACAUGCGUUCCGACGAGUACCCAAUCACCCUGACGACGUUCCCGCGACUGGGGUUCCCAGGCGUGUUUUCGGACCCGUAUUACCCCGUGUCGGGCCCCAAGCUACGGUCACAAUUCGUGCCAGAUGAAAUUGCCAACCCGCACAUACGCUUCCCUACGCUUGCCGCCAACAUCCGCACGCGCCGCGGCCGCAAGGUCCAGGUCAACGUGCCCGUCUUUCGCGAUGUGAACACACCCUGGCCGUGGAAGGACCCAACUGUCAACUACGACCUCAACAAGUACCCCGAAGAUGCCGACGUGCGCAAUGGUUCCGCUCCGGACAACUUCAUCCACAUGGAUGCUAUGGCCUUUGGUAUGGGCAGCUGCUGCUUGCAGAUCACCUUCCAGGCCAAGAACAUCACCGAGGGCCGUCGGCUCUACGACCAGCUCAGUCCUCUGGGGCCCAUCCUGUUGGCGCUGACGGCGGCGACACCAAUCUACAAGGGCUUUUUGGCCGAUACGGACGUGCGCUGGAACCAAAUCAGCCGCGCCGUGGACGACCGCACACCAGAAGAGCUCGGAGAGAAGCCGCUGAAGAAUGACCGCUGGCGGAUACCCAAGUCACGAUACGCGUCCAAUUCAACGUACAUCUCGACCGACCCGCGGCUGCGGCCUGAAUACUUGGACCCGGACCUUGUGGUCGAUGAGGAAAUCAAGGCGGAGCUGAUCCAGGGUGGCAUGGAUGACCGCCUGGCGACGCACUUUGCGCACCUGUUCAUCCGCGACCCGAUUGUCAUCUUCUCCGAGGACCUGCAGACGCUCGACCUGGACCAGACGAACCACUUUGAAAACCUGCAGUCGACCAACUGGCAACACAUGCGCUUCAAGCCGCCGCCGCCAGACAAUAGCAUUGGAUGGCGUGUUGAGGUGCGGCCCAUGGAGGUGCAGGUCACCGACUUUGAGAACGCCGCGUUUGCCGUCUUCAUUGUGCUUGUGACCCGUGCCAUCCUGUCAUUUGACCUCAACUUUUACAUCCCCAUUGCACGUGUGACAGAGAACAUGGAGACGGCGCAUGCGCGUGACGCCGUUUUGAACGAGCGGUUUUACUUCCGGAAGAACCUCUUUAAUGCGCAACGGGCCCAUCGGUAUGGCCGCCAUCGGUCGCCACACGGCGACGGCACAAACAGUGCCUACGCCUCAGGCACAACGACGCCCGUCGCACAGAGCCGGCCGGAGACGCCUGUAGCGCUGGGCUCGGUGGAGGACGAGUACCGGCCAAUGACGAUCAAUGAGAUUAUAAACGGCACCGGAUAUCCAAUGUACGGCGCCGACAACGACGACCAAUCGAAUGGCGAGCCUGCGUCGUCACCAGCUGACCCUCCCUUCCCCGGCCUCAUUCCGCUAGUCGAAAGCUACCUCGACUCCAUGAACGUCGACGUGCAGACCCGCUGUCAACUGUCCACGUACCUCGACCUUAUCCGUAAGCGCGCAUCCGGCGAGUUGUGGACGGCCGCCCGUUGGCUUCGGUCGUACGUCGACCAGCAUCCCGAGUACAAGCACGAUAGUGCAGUAUCAGAGCUUGUGACCCGGGACAUUGUCGGUGCCGUCAUUGACAUUGGUAAACGUGAGACGGAUGGUGCAGGCUGGAAGGGCAUGAAUGUGCCAGGAGUCGACCGGCUACUGGGCGACUUUAGUGGUUGCGGCGGGGAUGUGAAAUGCUAG